AUGAGGCUCAGAACUACCAUGAAUGGACACGUCUUUCUCCCAGGACUUGCUGUUCUCUCUGCUGUCCUAGCGAGCGCCCAAGACAGCACACAGCUCCGCCUGGUGGACGGAGGCCAUCGCUGUGCCGGCAGAGUGGAGAUCCUUCAUCAGGGCUCCUGGGGCACCAUCUGUGGUAUCGGCUGGGACCUGCCUGAUGCCCACGUGGUGUGCAGACAGCUGGGCUGUGGGGAGGCCCUCAACGCCACGGACUAUGCUGACUUCGGGGAGGGAUCAGGGCCCAUCUGGCCGAACGAGCUGCAGUGCACAGGAAAUGAGUCCCACGUGUGGAAGUGCCCGUCCAGGCACUGGGGAGACAACUACUGUUUUCAUAUCUUCGAUGCAGGAGUCAUCUGCUCAGGAUUUCCUGUGCGUCUGGCUGGAGGGGAUGAGCCCUGCUCAGGGCAAGUGGAAGUGCAUUCCAGAGGAGACUGGACUCCAGUGUCUGAUGGGAACUUCACAUCCCCCACUGCCCACGUCAUCUGUGCAGAGCUGGGGUGCGGCAAGGCUGUGUCUGUGCUGAGGGGCGUGCCCUUCAGAGAGUCAGGUGGAUGGGUCUUUGCUGAGGAGUUCUGGUGUGAUGGGCAGGAGCCUCUGCUCCAGCUGUGCCCCAGGGUGCCCUGUCCUGGAGGCACCUGCCACCACCAUAGGGCUGUUCAUGUCAUCUGCUCAGCAUACACAGAAGUACAGCUCAUGAACAACGGCAGCUCUCAGUGUGAGGGACAGGUGGAGAUGAGUGUUUCUGGACGCUGGAGAACACUCUGUGCCUCCCUCUGGAGUCUGGCCAAUGCCCACGUUGUGUGUCGGCAGCUUGGCUGUGGAGUGGCCCUGUCCACCCCCGAAGGAGCACACUCUAGAGAAGGAGCUGACCAGGUCUGGAGGGGCCGAUUUCACUGCUCAGGGGCUGAGUCCUCCUUGUGGAACUGCCCCAUGACUGCCCUGGGCGCUCCUGACUGUGGUCCUGGAAACACAGCCUCUGUGAUCUGCUCAGGAAACCAGACCCAGGUGAUGCCCCUGUGCACCCACUCCCCAUCUCCACCAGCAGGCUCUGCAGCCUCAGAGGAGGGCACAGCCAACUGCUCAGACAGCACACAGCUCCGCCUGGUGGAUGGAGGCCAUCCCUGCGCCGGCAGAGUAGAGAUCCUUCACCAGGGCUCCUGGGGCACCAUCUGUGAUGAUGGCUGGGACCUGCGUGAUGCCCAUGUGGUGUGCAGACAGCUGGGCUGUGGGGAGGCCCUCAAUGCUACGGUCUCUGCUCACUUCGGGGAAGGAUCAGGGCCCAUCUGGCUGGAGGAGCUGCAGUGCACAGGAAAUGAGUCCAACGUGUGGAAAUGCCCAUCCCGGGGCUGGGGGCGCCAUGACUGCAGGCACAAGGAGGAUGCUGGGGUCAUCUGCUCAGAGUUCCUGGCCCUCAGGAUGGUGAGCGAGGACCAGGACUGUUCUGGGUGGCUGGAAGUUUUCUACAACGGGACCUGGGGCAGUGUGUGCAGCAGCCCCAUGGAAGCCAUGACCUUGUCCGUGAUCUGCAGACAGCUUGGCUGUGGGGACAGCGGGACCCUCAACUCUUUGGUUGCUGUUAGGGAAGGGUCUAGACCCCGGUGGGUAGAUGGAAUCCAGUGUAGGAAAACUGAUACAUCUCUCUGGCAGUGUCCUUCUGACCCUUGGAAAUACAGUUCGUGCUCUUCAAGAGAGGAAGCGUCUCUCACGUGUGCAGAAAGGAAGCCCAAGAGCUGUCCAUCUGCAGCCCCCUGCACAGACAGGGAGAAGCUGCGCCUGCGGGGAGGAGACAGCGCGUGCUCGGGCCGCGUGGAGGUGUGGCACGCGGGGGCGUGGGGCACGGUGUGCGACGACUCCUGGAGCCUGGCCGAGGCCCACGUGGUGUGCGGGCAGCUGGGCUGUGGCUCGGCGCUGGAUGCCCCGCGGGCGGCGGCCUUUGGGCCUGGAAAUGGCAGCAUCUGGCUGGACGAGGUGCGGUGCAGGGGCGGGGAGUCCUCCCUGUGGGAGUGCCCUGCGGCUCCCUGGGGGCAGAGCGACUGCAAGCAUGAGGAGGACGCGGGAGUGAGGUGCUCGGGCCCAUGCUCAGGCACCGCACUCCGCCUGGUGGAUGGAGGCCAUCACUGCGCCGGCAGAGUGGAGAUCCUUCACCAGGGCUCCUGGGGCACCAUCUGUGAGGAUGGCUGGGACCUGCCUGAUGCCCACGUGGUGUGCAGACAGCUAGACUGUGGAGAGGCGCUGGAGGCCACAGUCUCUGCUCACUUCGGGCAGGGAUCAGGGCCCAUCUGGCUGGACAAUCUGCAGUGCACAGGAAAGGAGUCCCAUGUGUGGAAGUGCCAGUCCCAGGGCUGGGGGGAACACAACUGCAAACAUAUCGAGGAUGCAGGAGUCAUCUGCUCAGGAUUUGUGCGUCUGGCUGGAGGGGAUGGGCCCUGCUCAGGGCGAGUGGAAAUGCUUUCCAGAGGAGAAUGGACUCCAGUGUCUGACGGGAACUUCACAUCCCCCACUGCCCAGGUCAUCUGUGCAGAGCUGGGGUGUGGCAAGGCUGCGUCUGUCCUGUGGGGCAUGCCCUUCAGAGAGUCAGAUGGACGGGUCUUUGCUGAAGAGUUCUGGUGUGAGGGGCAGGAGCCAGAGCUCUGGUUGUGCCCCAGGGUGCCCUGUCCUGGAGGCACCUGCCACUACAGCGGGACUGUUCACCUUGUCUGCUCAGCAUACACAGAAGUGCGACUCAUGAGUGAUGGCAGCUCUCAGUGUGAGGGACAGGUGGAGAUGAGUAUUUCUGGACGCUGGAGAACGCUCUGCGCCUCCCACUGGAGUCUGGCCAAUGCCCAUGUUGUGUGUCAUCAGUUUGGCUGUGGAGUGGCCCUGUCCACCCUCAAAGGAGCACACUCUAGGAGAGGAGCUGACCAGGUCUGGAGGGGCCGAUUUCACUGCUCAGGGGCUGAGUCCUCCUUGUGGAACUGCUCUGUGACUGCCCUGGGUGCUCCUGACUGCGGCCCUGGAAACACAGUCUCUGUGAUCUGCUCAGGAAACCAGACCCAGGUGCUGCCCCUGUGCACCCACUCCCCGUCUCCACCAGCAGGCUCUGCAGCCUCAGAGGAGGGCACAGCCAACUGCUCAGACAGCACACAGCUCCGCCUGGUGGACGGAGGCCAUCCCUGCGCCGGCAGAGUGGAGAUCCUUCACCAGGGCUCCUGGGGCACCAUCUGUGAUGAUGGCUGGGAUCUGCGUGAUGCCCACGUGGUGUGCAGACAGCUGGGCUGUGGGGAGGCCCUCAACGCCACGGUCUCUGCUCACUUCGGUGAGGGAUCGGGGCCCAUCUGGCUGGAGGAGCUGCAGUGCACAGGAAAUGAGUCCCAGGUGUGGAAGUGCCCAUCCCUGGGCUGGGGGCACCAUGACUGCAGGCACAAGGAGGACGCUGGGGUCAUCUGCUCAGAGUUCCUGGCCCUCAGGGUGGUGAGCGAGGACCAGGACUGUGCUGGGUGGCUGGAAGUUUUCUACAACGGGACCUGGGGCAGUGUGUGCAGCAGCCCGAUGGAUGCCACAACCUUGUCUGUGAUCUGCAGACAGCUUGGAUGUGGGGACAGCGGGACCCUCAACUCUUUGGUUGCUGUUAGGGAAGGGUCUAGACCCCGGUGGGUAGAUGGAAUCCGGUGUAGGAAAACUGAUGCCUCUCUCUGGCAGUGUCCUUCUGACCCUUGGAAAUACAGUUCGUGCUUUUCAGGAGAGGAAGCUUCUAUCAAGUGUGCAGACAGCCGGCAGCUUCGCCUGGUGGACGGAGGCCAUCACUGCGCCGGCAGAGUGGAGAUCCUUCACCAGGGCUCCUGGGGCACCAUCUGUGAUGAUUAUUGGGACCUGCGUGAUGCCCAUGUGGUGUGCAGACAGCUGGACUGCGGAGAGGCGCUGGAGGCCACAGUCUCUGCUCACUUCGGGCAGGGAUCAGGGCCCACCUGGCUGGACGAUCUGAAGUGCACAGGAAAGGAGUCCCACGUGUGGAAGUGCCAGUCCCAGGGCUGGGGGAAACACAACUGCAAACAUACCGAGGAUGCAGGAGUCAUCUGCUCAGGAUUUGUUCGUCUGGCUGGAGGGGUUGGGCCCUGCUCAGGGCGAGUAGAAGUGCAUUCCAGAGGAGAAUGGACUCCAGUGUCUGACAGGAACUUCACAUCCCUCACUGCCCAGGUCAUCUGUGCAGAUCUGGGGUGUGGCAAGGCUGCAUCUGUCCUGGGGGGCGUGCCCUUCAGAGAGUCAGAUGGACUGAUGUUUGCUGAGGAGUUCUGGUGUGAAGGGCAGGAGCCUCUGCUCCGGCUGUGUCGCAGGGUGCCCUGUCCUGGAGGCACUUGUCACCACAGCGGGGUUGUUCACAUUGUCUGCGCAGCAUACACCGAAAUCCGGCUCAUGAACAACGGCAGCUCUCAGUGUGAGGGACAGGUGGAAAUGAAUAUUUCAGGGCACUGGAGUGUGCUCUGCGCCUCCCACUGGAGUCUGGCCAAUGCCCAUGUUGUGUGUCAUCAGCUUGGCUGUGGACCGGCCCUGUCCAUCCCUGAAGGAGCACACUCUAGGGGAGGAGCUGACCAGGUCUGGUGGGGCCGAUUUCACUGCUCAGGGGCUGAGUCCUCCUUGUGGAACUGCCCGGUGACUGCCCUGGGUGCUCCUGACUGCAGGACUGGAAACACAGCCUCCGUGAUCUGCUCAGGAAACCAGACCCAGGUGCUGCCCAUGUGCACCCACUCCCCGUCUCCACCAGCAGGCUCUGCACCCUCAGAGGAGGGCACAGCCAACUGCUCAGACGUCACACAGCUCCGCCUGGUGGACGGAGCCCAUCCCUGUGCCGGCAGAGUGGAGAUCCUUCACCAGGGCUCCUGGGGCACCAUCUGUGAUGAUGGCUGGGACCUGCGUGAUGCCCACGUGGUGUGCAGACAGCUGGGCUGUGGGGAGGCCCUCAACGCCACGGUCUCUGCUCACUUCGGUGAGGGAUCAGGCCCCAUCUGGCUGGAGGAGCUGCAGUGCACAGGAAAGGAGUCCCAGGUGUGGAAGUGCCCAUCCCGGGGCUGGGGGCGCCAUGACUGCAGGCACAAGGAGGAUGCCGGGGUCAUCUGCUCAGAGUUCCUGGCCUUCAGGAUGGUCAGCGAGGACCAGGAAUGUGCUGGGUGGCUGGAAGUUUUCUACAACAGGACCUGGGGCAGUGUGUGCAGCAGCCCCAUGGAUGCCAUGACUUUGUCCGUGAUCUGCGGACAGCUUGGCUGUGGGGACAGUGGGACCCUCAACUCUUUGGUUGCUGUUAGGGAAGGGUCUAGACCCCGGUGGGUAGAUGGAAUCCGGUGUAGGAAAACUGAUACGUCUCUCUGGCAGUGUCCUUCUGACCCUUGGAAAUACAGUUCGUGCUCUUCAGAAGAGGAAGCUUCGAUCACAUGCGCAGAAAGGACGCCCAAGAGCUGUCCAUCUGCAGCCCCCUGCACAGACAGGGAGAAGCUGCGCCUGCGGGGAGGAGACAGCGCGUGCUCGGGCCGCGUGGAGGUGUGGCACGCGGGGGCGUGGGGCACGGUGUGCGACGACUCCUGGAGCCUGGCCGAGGCCCACGUGGUGUGCAGGCAGCUGGGCUGUGGCUCAGCGCUGGACGCCCCGCGGGCGGCGGCCUUUGGCCCUGGAAAUGGCAGCAUCUGGCUGGACGAGGUGCGGUGCAGGGGCGGGGAGUCCUCCCUGUGGGAGUGCCCUGCGGCUCCCUGGGGGCAGAACGACUGCAAGCAUGAGGAGGACGCGGGAGUGAGGUGCUCGGCAUCAAGGUCAAGAAGCUCAGCUCCUCCUGACAGUCUGCCUUUGCUGAAGCACCCCCUUGACCUGACUCUCUCCUCAGACAGCACACAGAUCCGCCUGGUAGACGGAGGCCAUCGUUGUGCUGGCAGAGUGGAGAUCCUUUACCAGGGUUCCUGGGGCACCAUCUGUGAUGACGGCUGGGACCUGCAUGAUGCCCAUGUGGUGUGCAGACAGCUGGGCUGUGGGGAGGCCCUCAAUGCCACAGUCUCUGCUCACUUCGGGCAGGGAUCAGGGCCCAUCUGGUUGGACGAUCUGCGGUGCAGAGGAAAGGAGUCCUAUGUGUGGAAGUGCCAGUCCCGGGGCUGGGGAGACAACUUUUGCCUUCAUUCUGAGGAUGCAGGAGUCAUCUGCUCAGGAUUACCUGUGCGUCUUGCUGGAGGGGAUGGACGCUGCUCAGGGCGAGUGGAAGUGCAUUCCAGAGGAGACUGGACUCCAGUGUCUGACGGGAACUUCACAUCCCCCACUGCCCACGUCAUCUGUGCAGAGCUGGGGUGUAGCAAGGCUGUGUCUGUGCUGGGGGGUGUGCCCUUCAGAGAGUCAGAUGGAUGGGUCUUUGCUCAGGAGUUCCAGUGUGAGGGGCAGGAGCCUCUGCUCCAGCUGUGCCCCAGGGUGCCCUGUCCUGGAGGCACCUGCCACCACCACGGGGCUGUUCACCUUGUCUGCUCAGCAUACACCGAAGUCCGGCUCACGAGCGACGGCAGCUCUCAGUGUGAGGGACAGGUGGAGAUGAAUAUUUAAGGGCACUGGAGUGUGCUCUGCACCUCCCACUGGAGUCUGGCCAAUGCCCAUGUUGUGUGUCGUCAGCUUGGCUGUGGAGUCGCCCUGUCCACCCCCGAAGGAGCACGCUCUAGGGGAGGAGACAUCCCCGUCUGGAGGGGCCGAUUUCAUUGCUCAGGGGCUGAGGCCUCCUUGUGGAACUGCCCUGGGACUGCCCUGGGUGCUCCUGACUGCAGCCCUGGAAACACAGCCUCUGUGAUCUGCUCAGGAAACCAGACCCAGGUGCUGCCCCUGUGCACCCACUCCCCGUCUCCACCAGCAGGCUCUGCAGCCUCAGAGGAGGGCACAGGCAACUGCUCAGACAGCACACAGCUCCGCCUGGUGGACGGAGGCCAUCCCUGUGCCGGCAGAGUGGAGAUCCUUCACCAGGGCUCCUGGGGCACCAUCUGUGAUGACGGCUGGGACCUGCGUGAUGCCCAUGUGGUGUGCAGACAGCUGGGCUGUGGGGAGGCUCUCAACGCCACAGUCUCUGCUCACUUCGGUGAGGGAUCAGGGCCCAUCUGGCUGGAGGAGCUACAGUGCACAGGAAACGAGACCCUCCUGUGGAAGUGCCCAUCCCCGGGCUGGGGCGCUGGCUGCUGGCACAAGGAGGAUGCCGGGGUCAUCUGCUCAGAGUACCUGGCCCUCAGGAUGGUCAGCAAGGACCAACACUGUGCUGGGUGGCUGGAAAUUUUCUACAACGGGACCUGGGGCAGUGUGUGCAGCAGCCCCAUGGAUGCCAUGACCUUGUCCGUGAUCUGCAGACAUCUUGGCUGUGGGGACAGUGGGACCCUCAACUCUUUGGUUGUUGUUAGGCAAGGGUCUAGACCCCGGUGGGUAGAUGGAAUCCAGUGUCAGAAAACUGAUACCUCUCUCUGGCAGUGUCCUUCUGAUCCUUGGAAAUACCGUUCAUGUUCUUCAGGAGAGGAAGCUUCUAUCACAUGUGCAGACAGCACAGAGCUCCGCCUGGUGGACGGAGGCCAUCGCUGCGCCGGCAGAGUAGAGAUUCUUUACCAGGGCUCCUGGGCCUCUGUCUGUGAUCACGACUGGGACCUGCGUGAUGCCCACGUGGUGUGCAGACAGAUGGGCUGUGGAGAGGCCCUCAGUGCCACAGUCUCUGGUCACUUCGGAGAGGGAUCAUGGUCCAUCUGGCUGCGAAGGCCUCGAUGCACAGGAAAGGAGUCCCACGUGUUGGAGUGCCCAUCUGAGGGCUGGUGGCAGUAUGUCUGCUCUGAUCGCAAGGAUGCAGGAGUCAUCUGCUCAGGAUUAUCUGUGCGUCUGGCUGGAGGGGAUGGACACUGCUCAGGGCGAGUGGAAGUGCAUUCCAGAGGAGAUUGGAUUCCAGUGUCUGAUGGGAACUUCACAUCCCCCACCGCCCAGGUCAUCUGUGUAGAGCUGGGGUGCAGCAAGGCUGCACCUGUGCUGGGGGGCAUGCCCUUCAGAGAGUCAGAUGGACGGGUCUUUGCUGAGGAGUUCCGGUGUGAGGGGAAGGAGCCCAUGCUCCGGCUGUGCCCCAGGGUGCCCUGUCCUGGAGGCACCUGCCACCACCUUGGGGCUGUUCACCUUGUCUGCUCAGAAUACACAGAAGUGCGGCUCAUGAGCAACGGCAGCUCUCAGUGUGAGGGACAGGUGGAGAUGAGUAUUUCAGGGCACUGGAGUGUGCUCUGCACCUCCCACUGGAGUCUGGCCAAUGCCCAUGUUGUGUGUCAUCAGCUUGGCUGUGGAGUUGCCCUGUCCACCCUUGAAGGAGCACACUCUAGGGGAGGAGACAUCCCGGUCUGGAGGGGCCGAUUUCACUGCUCAGGGGCUGAGUCCUCCUUGGGGAACUGCCCUGUGACUGUCCUGGGUGCUCCUGACUGCGGCCCUGGAAACACAGCCUCUGUGAUCUGCUCAGGAAACCAGACCCAGGUUAAGCCCCUGUGCACCCACUCCCUGUCUCCACCAGCAGUCUCUACAGCCUCAGAGGAGGGCACAGCCAACUGCUCAGACAGCACACAGCUCCGCCUGGUCGACGGAGGCCAUCCCUGUGCCGGCAGAGUGGAGAUUCUUCACCAGGGCUCUUGGGGCACCAUCUGUGAUGACGGCUGGGACCUGCGUGAUGCCCACGUGGUGUGCAGACAGCUGGGCUGUGGGGAGGCCCUCAACGCCACGGUCUCUGCUCACUUCGGUGAGGGAUCAGGGCCCAUCUGGCUGAAGGAGCUGCAGUGCACAGGAAACGAGUCCCUCCUGUGGCAGUGCCCAUCUCAGACCACGGGGCGCCAUGACUGCAGGCACAAGGAGGACGCCGGGGUCAUCUGCUCAGAGUUCCUUUCCCUCAGGGUGGUGAGCGAGGACCAGGACUGUGCUGGGUGGCUGGAAGUUUUCUACAACGGGACCUGGGGCAGUGUGUGCAGCAGCCCCAUGGAAGCCGUGACCUUGUCUGUGAUCUGCAGACAGCUUGGCUGUGGGGACAGCGGGACCCUCAACUCUUUGGUUGCUGUUAGGGAAGGGUCUAGACCCCGGUGGGUAGAUGGAAUCCAGUGUAGGAAAACUGAUACAUCUCUCUGGCAGUGUCCUUCUGAACCUUGGAAAUACAAUUCGUGCUUUUCAGGAGAGGAAGCUUCUAUCACGUGUGCAGAAAAGAGACCCAAGAGCUGUCCUAAUGCAGCCCCCUGCACAGACAGGGAAAAGCUGCGCCUGCGGGGAGGAGACAGCGCGUGCUCGGGCCGCGUGGAGGUGUGGCACGCGGGGGCGUGGGGCACGGUGUGCGACGACUCCUGGAGCCUGGCCGAGGCCCACGUGGUGUGCAGGCAGCUGGGCUGUGGCUCAGCGCUGGACGCCCCGCGGGCGGCGGCCUUUGGCCCUGGAAAUGGCAGCAUCUGGCUGGACGAGGUGCGGUGCAGGGGCGGGGAGUCCUCCCUGUGGGACUGCGCUGCAGCUCCGUGGGGGCAGAGCGACUGCAAGCACGAGGAGGACGCGGGAGUGAAGUGCUCGGAUACAUUGACCCCACUGACUUUGGAAAAUUCAACUCUGGGGGCUGAGUCCAAGAUAACACUCCGCCUGGUGGACGGAGGCCAUCCCUGCGCCGGCAGAGUGGAGAUCCUUCACCAGGGCUCCUGGGGCACCAUCUGUGAUGACAGCUGGGAUCUGCGUGAUGCCCACGUGGUGUGCAGACAGCUGGGCUGUGGAGACGCCCUCAAUGCCAUGGUCUCUGCUCACUUCGGGAAGGGAUCAGGGAGCAUCUGGCUGGAUGAGCUGCAGUGCACAGGAAAGGAAUCCCACGUGUGGAAUUGCCCGUCUCAGGGCUGGGGGGAACACAACUGCCGUCAUUCCGAGGAUGCAGGAGUCAUCUGCUCAGGAUUUAUACGUCUGACUGGAGGGAGUGGGCUCUGCUCAGGGCGAGUGGAAGUGUAUUCCAGAGGAGACUGGACUCCAGUGUCUGACGGGAACUUCACAUCCCCCACCGCCCAGGUCAUCUGUGCACAACUGGGGUGCGGCAAGGCUGCAUCUGUGCUGGGGGGCGUGCCCUUCAGAGAGUCAGAUGGACGGAUCUUUGCUGAGGAGUUCCGGUGUAAGGGGCAGGAGCCAGAGCUCCAGUUGUGCCCCAGGGUGCCCUGUCCUGGAGGCACCUGCCCCCACCGUGGGGCUGUUCACCUUGUAUGCUCAGCAUACACAGAAAUCCGACUCAUGAACGAGGGCAGCUCUCAGUGUGAGGGACAGGUGGAGAUGCAUAUUUCUGGGCACUGGAGCUCACUCUGCGCCUCCCACUGGAGUCUGGCCAAUGCCCAUGUUGUGUGUCGUCAGCUUGGCUGUGGAGUCGCCCUGUCCACCCCCAAAGUAGCACGCUCUAGGGGAGGAGCUGACCAGGUCUGGAGGGGCCGAUUUCACUGCUCAGGGGCUGAGGCCUCCUUGUGGAACUGCCCCAUGACUGCACUGGGUGCUCCUGACUGCGGCCCUGGAAACACAGCCUCUGUGAUCUGCUCAGGAAACCAGACCCAGGUGCUGCCCCUGUGCACCCACCCUCCGUCUCCACCAGCAGGCUCUGCAGCUUCAGAGGAGGGCACAGCCAACUGCUCAGACAGCACACAGCUCCGCCUGGUGGAUGGAGGCCAUCCCUGCGCCGGCAGAGUGGAGAUCCUUCACCAGGGCUCCUGGGGCACCAUCUGUGAUGAUGGCUGGGACCUGCGUGAUGCCCACGUGGUGUGCAGACAGCUGAGCUGUGGGGAGGCCCUCAACGCCACAGUCUCUGCUCACUUUGGGGAGGGAUCAGGGCCCAUCUGGCUGGAGGAGCUGCAGUGCACAGGAAAGGAGGCCCAGAUGUGGAUGUGCCCAUCCCUGGGCUGGGGACACCAUGACUGCUGGCACAAGGAGGACGCCGGGGUCAUCUGCUCAGAGUUUGUGGCCCUCAGGGUAGUAAGUGAAGACCAGGACUGUUCUGGAUGGCUGGAAGUUUUCUACAACGGGACCUGGGGCAGUGUGUGCAACAGCCUUGUGAAUGCUGUGACCUUGUCCAUGAUCUGCAGGCAUCUUGGCUGUGGGGACAGCGGGACCCUCAACAAUUUGGUUGCUGCUAGGGAAGGUGCUGGGCCCAAGUGGGUAGAUAGAAUCUGGUGUAGGACAACCGAUACCUCUCUCUGGCAGUGUCCUUCUGACCCUUGGAAAUACCAUUCGUGCUUUUCAGAAGACAAAGCUUCUAUCACGUGCGCAGAAAAGAGAUACAGGAACUGUCCAUCUGCAGCCCCCUGCACAGACAGGGAGAAGCUGCGCCUGCAGGGAGGAGACAGCGCGUUCGGCCGCGUGGAGGUGUGGCACGCGGGGGCGUGGGGCACGGUGUGCGACGACUCCUGGGGCCUGGCCGAGGCCCACGUGGUGUGCGGGCAGCUGGGCUGUGGCUCGGCGCUGGACGCCCCGCGCGCGGCGGCCUUUGGGCCUGGAAAUGGCAGCAUCUGGCUGGACGAGGUGCGGUGCAGGGGCGGGGAGUCCUCCCUGUGGGAGUGCCCUGCGGCUCCCUGGGGGCAGAGCAACUGCAAGCACGAGGAGGACGCGGGAGUGAGGUGCUCGGACUCAGCUCCUGCACCUGGCAUCUCCUGGACUGGGGUCUUUUGCAUCAUCUUAGUGGUCCUUCUCUUCCUGGUCCUGGUCAUCCUGGGAAUUAGGCUGCACAAAGGGAAAGCAGAGCACCAAGCAUCACCUGCUUUUGAAGAUGUGCUAGAUGAGGCCUUGUACCAGGAAAUUGAUAACUAUGCUCUGCCGGAAAAGGAGAACAUUUUGGACAGCUCAGAGUCUCCCGGACAGCAUGUCAGAGCCACAGGGGAUGGUUAUGAUGAUGUUGAAGAGUUUCCUGUUCCUGAAAUUCCUACUUCCCAAGAAAUAAGUAGGAAUCAUUUUUCCCCAGAGGAGGACGGUGGUGCACGGUAUUCCCAGCCAGGUUUCUCUCUGCAGUCUCCUGGAGAAGCUGUCAUCUCUGGCAUGGGGGAGGGAGGACUCCCAUUGAUCCUGAGACAAGAAGACCCUGGGUAUGAUGAUGUUGAGUUUAGCAUCAUGUAGCACCACUUUUUGGAUCAAAUAAAUCUUCAAAGAACCCUCUGUAACAUUGCUUACCCAAUACAUGAGAAUUCUGUCUUCUUCAUUAAUGUGGAGGAUGAGAAGCCUGGGGGAGCUCAAAAUCAUCCUACCCAGGACAGAGGUGAAAGAUCACAGAUCAACUACCCCCCACUCUCCUGUCUGAGUGACCCUCCUCACAUUCUCCUCUCAGAUGUAGAAGGAGCCUCAGACAGCCCGCAGCUCCGCCUGGUGGACGGAGGCCAUCGUUGUGCCGGAAGGGUGGAGAUCCUUCUCCAGGGCUCCUGGGGCACCAUCUGUGAUGAUGGUUGGGACCUGCCUGAUGCCCACGUGGUGUGCAGACAGCUGGGCUGUGGAGAAGCCCUGGAGGCCAGAACCUAUGCUUACUUCGGGGAGGGAUCAGGGCCCAUCUGGCUGAGCAAUCUGCAGUGCACAGGAAAGGAGUCCCAUGUGUGGAAGUGCCGGUCCCAGAGCUGGGGGAUCAGCAACUGCUUUCAUUUCGAGGAUGCAGGAGUCAUCUGCUCAGCCUCACCUGCUUUCGAAGAUGUCAUGGAUGAAGCCUUGUACCAGGAGAUUGAUAACUAUGCUCUACCAGAAAAGGAGGACAUUUUGGACAGUCCAGGAUACCUGACUAAUGACUCAGCGACUAUGCUGCCGUAUUACACAGGGGACAAUGAGAAGAAGGGAGACCCUGGAUCUGCCCCAGACACAAUACAACUCCGCCUGGUGGAUGGAGACCAUCACUGCAGCGGCACAGUGGAGCUCUUUAACCAGAACUCCCAGGCCACUGUGUGUGAUUAUGGCUGGGACCUGCGUGAUGCCCACGUGGUAUGCAGAGAGCUGGGCUGUGGCGAGGCCCUCAAUGCCACCGUCUCUUCUCACUUCGGUGCGAGAUCAGGGUCCAUGUACUUUGCAGAGUCUCAGUGUACAGGAAAGGAGUCCUACCUGUUGGAUUGCCCGUUUGCAUCCCCGGAGGAGAACUACUGCAAGUAUGGCAAGGAUGCAGGAGUCAUCUGUUCAGGAUUAACUGUGCAUCUGGCUGGAGGGGGUAGGCCCUGCUCAGGGCGAGUGGAAGUGCAUUCCAGAGGAGACUGGACUCCAGUGUCUGAUGGGAACUUCACAUUCCCCACCGCCCAGGUCAUCUGUGCAGAGCUGGGGUGUGGCAAGGCUGUGUCUGUCCUGGGGGGCGUGCCCUUCAGAGAGUCAGAUGGACGGAUGCCUCCUGACCUGACUCUCUCCGCAGACAGCACACAGCUCCGCCUGGUGGACGGAGGCCAUCCCUGCGCCGGCAGAGUGGAGAUCCUUCACCAGGGCUCCUGGGGCACCAUCUGUGAUGAUGGCUGGGACCUGCGUGAUGCCCACGUGGUGUGCAGACAGCUGGGCUGUGGGGAGGCCCUCAACGCCACGGUCUCUGCUCACUUCGGGGAGGGAUCAGGACCCAUCUGGCUGGAGGAGCUGCAGUGCACAGGAAACGAGUCCCUCCUGCGGAAGUGCCCGUCCCCGGGCUGGGAGCUCAAUGACUGCAGGCACAAGGAAGACGCCGGGGUCAUCUGCUCAGAGUUCCUGGCCCUCAGGGUGGUGAGCAAGGACCAGGACUGUGCUGGGUGGCUGGAAGUUUUCUACAACAGGACCUGGGGCAGUGUGUGCAGCAGCCCCAUGGAUGCCAUGACCUUGUCCGUGAUCUGCAGACAGCUUGGCUGUGGGGACAGCGGGACCCUCAACUCUUUGGUUGCUGCUAGGGAAGGUUCUAGACCCCAGUGGGUAGAUGGAAUCCGGUGUAGGAAAACUGAUACCUCUCUUUGGCAAUGUCCUUCUGACUCUUGGAAAUACCAUUCAUGUUCUUCAGGAGAGGAAGCUUCUGUCAUGUGUGCAGAAAAGAGGCCCAAGAGCUGUCCAUCUGCAGCCCCCUGCACAGACAGGGAGAAGCUGCGCCUGCGGGGAGGAGACAGCGCGUGCUCGGGCCGCGUGGAGGUGUGGCACGCGGGGGCGUGGGGCACGGUGUGCGACGACUCCUGGAGCUUGGCCGAGGCCCACGUGGUGUGCGGGCAGCUGGGCUGUGGCUCGGCGCUGGACGCCCCGCGCGCGGCGGCCUUUGGCCCUGGAAAUGGCAGCAUCUGGCUGGACGAGGUGCGGUGCAGGGGCGGGGAGUCCUCCCUGUGGGAGUGCCCUGCGGCUCCCUGGGGGCAGAGCGACUGCAAGCAUGAGGAGGACGCGGGAGUGAGGUGCUCGGGUGAGAAGACAACAGUACCCCACAAUCAUGGAAGCAGCAAAUCAGACUCAGCUCUAGGCCUGGGCAUCUUCUCCCUGCCCGGGGUCCUCUGCAUCGUCUUGGGGGCCCUUCUCUUCCUGGUCCUGGUCACUGGGAUUCAGCUGCACAGAGGGAGAGCAGAGCACCAAGCCUCACCUGCUUUUGAAAAUGCCACUGAUGAGGCCUUGUACCAGGAGAUUGAUAACUAUGCUCUACCAGAAAAGGAGGAACUUUUGGACAGCCCAGAGCCUCCGGGACAGCAUGUCAGAGCCACGGGAAAUGGUUAUGAUGAUGUUGAAGAGUUUCCUGUUCCUGAAAUUCCUACUUCCCUAGGAAUGAGUAGGAAUUAUUUUUUCCCAGAGGAGGAAGGUGGUGCUGGGUAUUCCCAGACAGGCCUCUCUCUAGAGUCUCCUGGCGAAGUUGUCAUCUAUGGCAUGGAAGAGAGAGGACUCCCAUUGGUCCUAGAACGAGAAGACCUGUGGUAUGAUGAUGUCGAGCUUAGCACCAUGUAG